UUCUUGUCUAAUUUUCUCCUCUGCACAGCUAAAACAAAACCCUAGGUUCGUCCCUCGUAUCACCAUCCACCUCCGACUCCUGUUCCCUCGGAGCCGCCGCUGACGGUCAGCUGCCUUUCAUCCACAGCUGAGCUUUCAGGAUACCACUAAUAAUGCUUAUGGCUACCAGGAAAAGUAUGCAGCUUAUUACAUUCUCUCAGGAAAUAGUAGAUGGAGAACCUAUCUAUGUUUCGUCUAACAGCCUUCCAAUCAAGGCUUUCAAGCGGGAGCCUGCAGGGCAUGCUUUUCACGCUGCUGCUCUCAGAUUGAUAGGUCAUGUUGAGGAAACAAAUGCAGAUAAUCAAGUCGAGGAGGGUUCGAAUGCGAAGGACCAGGAGUACAAGCAAACAUCGGACUUCUACAGUAGUAAGGGCAAGAAGAAAUCUGGCGGUGAAGGGAAGCAGCAGGAUCAUUAUGCUUUAUUGGGAUUGGGCCAUUUGAGGUAUCUUGCGACUGACGAACAGAUAAGAAAAAGUUACCGGGAAACAGCAUUGAGGCAUCAUCCUGACAAGCAGGCGGCACUUUUACUUUCUGUGGAAACCGAGGCAGCAAAGCAAGCGAAGAAGGAUGAAAUAGAGAAUCAUUUCAAGGCAAUUCAAGAAGCUUACGAGGUGCUGAUUGACCCUGUCAAGAGAAGAAUCUAUGAUUCAACAGAUGAGUUUGACGAUGAGAUCCCGUAUGAGUGUGCACCGCAGGACUUUUUCAAGGUGUUUGGACCAGCAUUCUUGAGAAACGGACGCUGGUCAGUGCACCAGCCUAUUCCGACUUUGGGAGAUGAAAACUCUACUCUCAAAGAAGUGGAUGGUUUUUAUGAUUUUUGGUAUAGCUUCAAGAGCUGGAGGGAGUUUCCUCAUGCUGAUGAGUUUGACCUUGAGGAAGCUGAGUCCCGUGAUCACAAAAGGUGGAUGGAGAGGCAAAAUGCAAAACUCUCAGAGAAGGCAAGGAAGGAAGAAUAUGCGCGUAUACGUACACUUGUUGACAAUGCAUACAAAAGGGACCCUAGAAUUCUUAGAAGAAAAGAUGAGCUGAAGGCUGAAAAACAGAGGAAGAAGGAGGCCAAGAUUUUGGCAAAGAAAUUGCAGGAGGAAGAAGCAGCUAGGAUUGUUGAGGAGGAGAAACGUAGAAAAGAGGAGGAUGAAAGAAAGGCUGCUGAAGCAGCUUUAAACCAGAAAAAGUUGAAGGAGAAAGAGAAAAAGUUAUUACGAAAAGAGCGGACUCGUCUUCGCACACUUUCUGGAGCUAUCUUGUCCCAGCAUUUGCUUGAUCUUUCUGAUGAUAAUGUGGAAGGUCUUUGCAUGUCGCUUGACAUCGAACAGCUGAGGAAUUUAUGUGACAAGAUGGAAACAGAGGAAGGGCUAGGGAGAGCUGAAUUUCUCAGGGAGGCACUUGGAUCUGAUAACCAACUGAAGGAUGAGAAACAUAAUGAGAAGAAGAACCUACAGCAGAAUGGUUCUAUGGGGGUGAAUGAACAAGGGUUAUUUGGCGGCAAUGAGAAAAGAGAGAAACCCUGGGGCAAAGAAGAGAUUGAAAUGCUGAGAAAGGGAAUGCAGAAAUAUCCUAAAGGAACUUCUCGGAGGUGGGAAGUGAUUUCUGAGUACAUUGGUACUGGAAGGUCAGUUGAAGAGAUUCUGAAGGCGACAAAAACUGUUCUUCUUCAAAAGCCCGACUCCUCUAAGGCUUUUGAUUCCUUCCUCGAGAAAAGAAAGCCAACACAAUCAAUUGCAUCUCCUCUUACAGCUAGAGAGGAUUUGCCGGGGUUAUCAAAUAGCAAUGCGUCCGAGAGGAAUGCUUCUGAUCCAAAUAAUUUGCCAGAGUCAUCCAGUGGAACUGGUAGCUGCAAAAACUCAGACGAUAGUACAGCUGCUAAUGGUGUUGUUGCUUCAAGUUCAGAUCCCGAUGCAUGGUCAGCUGUUCAGGAAAAAGCUUUGGUUCAAGCUCUGAAGACCUUUCCCAAGGAAACUAGCCAACGCUGGGAACGAGUUGCAGCUGCAGUUCCUGGGAAAACUGUCGGUCAAUGUAAGAAGAAAUUUACGUUGAUGAAAGAUAACUUUAGGAACAGCAAUGUGCCGGAGAAGAAUACUAGCACGGCUGAUUGUUCAGAUCCAUCUUCCAGCCCAAUUGAGAAUUUUCAAAAGCCAGAUGAAAGUAAUUUUGGAAAUGGGGUUUCUUCAAGUUCCGAUCAAGAUAUAUGGUCCGAUGUUCAGGAAAAAGCUUUGGUACAAGCUCUUAAAACAUUUCCAAAGGAAACUAACCAGAGGUGGGAAAGAGUAGCUGCUGCAGUUCCUGGUAAAACUGUUAAUCAGUGUAAGAAAAAGUUUGCGUUGCUGAAAGAGAACUUUAGGAACAAGAAAAAUGCCGUGUAGUCUGUUUAUUUCCCCAUGCUGGGAAACUCUGAAUUCAAGUGAGAUUGCCUGGAUAUAAAGAGGGCUACUUCACGAGCCUCUACCAGUAAUCGAAAAGGUUCGAAGUGAUUUCAUAGAAGGAAGCCACUCUGCCAGAAGGGUUUGUCUCUCCGGAACAAGUAUUCACGACUGCUUACAGCACCUUCAUUCACUCGUCUUGCUACUUAGGAACUUCUACGAAAUCCAGUGAGUAAUUUUUUGUUCAGAUGAUCAUUUAUAGGAACAUUGCACUCUGAAGUGCACGUCUACAUCUGACCAUUAUUAUUGUCUUUAUGCCAUAUAGGUUAUACCAUGUCUGCUUUUUUUGCAGCUAGAUCAUUCUGACGUUUAUCAAAUAUGUGUUUUUAUUCUACCACAAAAGAUUUAAUGACGUUUCUGUUAUUCUGUACUUCCUUAUGCUUGGAAGUUUAAUAACAAUGGAUUUGAA